AUGAGUGAAGAGAACAUUAGGGAUAGUGAGCCUUUAACCAAUCAUGCCAUUGUGGAGAAAAUUUGUGAGCCGUUUAUCCUAAGCGAUGAUACAUACCGACAAAUUCGAAACAUUUUCUUAGAUGAAAUUGACAGAGGGUUAUGCAAGUAUACCCUUAAAAACGCCUUUGUUAAGUUUUUAAUGACUUUUGUGGAAAAAUUGCCAAGUGGCUGUGAACGUGGAAACUUUAUGGGUUUGGAUCUAGAUGGCACGACAUUACGCAUUUUACUCAUAAAUCUACACAGCCAGGAAGAUUUUCAGAUUGAAGGAGCGAAUUAUGAGUUACCCGAGACGCUUUUGACCGGCCCUGGAGACGAUUUCUUCGAUUUUCUUGCGAAAUGCUUAUCCGCAUUCAUCUACAAAUAUGAACUGCAAAAAGAUGAGCUCAGUUUAGGUUUCACUUUUUCGUUCCCACUAAAGCAAAAUAAAUUGAGUAGGGGUGUCCUUCUCUCAUUGGCUGAAAGGUUUAGUUGUUCGGGUGUAGUCGGCCACGAUGUCGUUGGCUUAUUGCAACAAGCAAUAAAACGACGAGGCGAUAUUCAUAUACCUAACAUCGUCAUUUUAAACGCGACGACUAGUACACUAAUCUCUUGUGCUUGGCAAUAUCGAGAGGCUAAAGUUGGCCUUAUUGUUGACACAGCCAUCAGCGUCUGCUACCUGGAAAAAACUAAGCAUAUUGACCAAUUCAAAGGUGGCGUGAAGGCUAGUCCUACUAUGAUUAUUAAUUGUGAAUGUGAUAACUUUGGUAGUGACGGAUUACUGGAUUUUGUGCGCACCCCAAUCGACUUUACAUUGGAUAAUAACUCUGUCAAUGCUGGCCAGCAAAUAUAUGAGAAAAUGACUUCCACCAAGUAUCUGGGAGAAAUUGUUCGUCUCAUAAUGUUGGAAUGCGUUGAUGCUGGCGCAAUGUUAAGGGGAAGUCAUUCUGAUCAGAUACGUACCCCAAUGUCGUUUAACAUAAAACUUAUGUCAACAAUUGAAGCUGAAGAGCCCGGCAAUGAUUCAAUUAUUCGGCAAAUUUUUGAAAUAAUGGGCUACAGGCGGCCCUCUGAUGAAGAUUGCGAACAUUUGCGUUACAUAUGCAGUUUGGUAUCGAAUCGGUCGGCUUAUCUGCUCGCAGCAAUCUUGGCUGCUUUACUUGAUCACAUAGGCGAUCCAUUUGUGAUUAUUGGUGCUGAUGGCAAUGUUUAUCGGAAGUACCCCACAUACGCUGAACGUCUACGAAAGAAACUGAGAAAACUUGCCCGUCCCGAAUAUAUCUUUUGCCUUAAGUUGGCUGAAUAUGGCCCUGGAGUUGGGGCAGCUUUACUAGCCGCAACAAUAUUUGCCAAGAAAGGAAACCCAUAA